AGUGUUCAUGGCUGCUCGGGCAUUUUCCGUGAUAGUGUGACGGGCGCUUCCUCGCGUGCUUGUGGCUAGCCAAGCCUCUGAUACGGUUCAGAAUGAGACAGAUUGUUUUAUUGUUGUUUACAUCGACAUAAAUUGUGAUUUUUACGACCGUACUAAAACCAAGAGAUACACCAUAUUUAUGUUCCGUUGAAUAACAUGAGUAUAUAAGCCAAGGUGGAUGCAAACAAUAGCUACCUAAAGAUUAUCAAUCCAAGAUGUCAGAAACUGUGAAGUACAUGGAUGACGAACACAAGACCAUCUUCCUGAAAAUACUGAAUGAGCAACGGUUGGAGGGUGAACACUGUGAUAUUGCAGUGGUGGUGGAAGAUGUGAAGUUCAGGGCCCACCGCUGUGUGUUAGCAGCAUGCAGCAACUAUUUCAAGAAGCUGUUCAAGAAGCAUGAAGUCGACAACUCUUCAGUCAUAGAAAUCGACUUCAUCCGUUCAGACAUCUUCGAGGAGGUGUUGAACUACAUGUACACUGCCAAGAUUUCUGUGAAAAAAAAGGAUGUCAAUUUGAUGAUGUCUUCGGGCCAGAUACUUGGAAUCCGAUUUCUGGACAAGCUCUGUUCGCAGAAACGUGACAUGUCCGCUGAAGAGAAGAAUGGGGAAAAUGCCAAACCCUUUCCCUACGAUAUUGUCAAAAUGGCUCUCCCGACCGAUGACCCUACUUUGGGUCAGGAAAACGACGUGCAGGUACUGGGUGACCAUGACGACACACCCACCGACGACCUGGUGGAAGAGCCCGCGGCCAAUCACGACCUGGAUAAAUCACCCAAUACGGCGUUGAGAGUUCAGGAGGCCAUUCUCAAGGAGUUGGCCAAUGAGGACGUGCACAAGGUGAGCUGCUAUGACCAGGACGUGGAACCCAUGGACACAGAGCCAAAAGACCUGGCAGGACACGCCACCACCACUCUGACAUUUGCUGACAGCAUCGGCGAGGUGAAGGACGAACAGCCUCCCGGGUGGACCACAGCCACAACAGACAUGAAGUUUGAAUACCUCCUGUAUGGCCACCGGGAACAGCUGGCCUGCCAGAUUUGUGGAAAGACCUUUGUCGAUGAGAAUCGGCUACGGAAACACGAAAAGCUGCACUCCGCGGAGCGUCCGUUUGUCUGCGAGAUAUGCAGCAAGGCCUUCACUACCCAGGCCCAUCUCAAGGAGCACCUGAAGAUUCACACUGGCUUCAAGCCCUACCGCUGUGACGUCUGCGGCAAGUCCUUCAUACGAGCGCCUGACCUUAAAAAGCACGAGCGGGUCCACAGCAACGAGCGGCCCUUCGGCUGUCAGAUGUGUGACAAGGCCUUCAAGCACAAGUCCCAUCUGAAGGACCAUGAGAGGCGCCACAGGGGAGAGAAGCCCUUUGUCUGCGGCUCUUGCACCAAGGCCUUUGCCAAAGCCUCCGACCUAAAGAGACAUGAGAACAACAUGCACAGCGAGAGGAAGCAGAUGCAGCCCAGCGCCCUACAGACGGAAACGGAACAGCUGCAGGCGGCGGCCAUGGCGGCAGAGGCCGAGCAACAACUGGAGUCCAUAGCGUGCUCAUAGCACACGACAUUUUGUAAUAUUACCUCACAGGUCAUGGACAGCUUGAGAGCAAUCUUGAGUUUCUGGGGGGUUUUCUUUUUUUAUCUUCUUUUUUUUCGGAGGGCAAACGUACUCCAAUAAUCAGAUAUAUUUGAUGUUGAUCAUUUUUCUUGAGGAUAUAACAUAGCAAAAUGAAAUUGUAUUUGAAUACAUUCAUAUAUUCUGGGGUUCACAGUCAAGCUGUGACACGUAUUCUUAUGUUUGACUUAUUUCUCCUGAUUUAGGUUCUCGCACUGUUCAGUGGUAUGAAAUGUCUCAUUCUUAAUCAUAUUGUAAAUGUUUAAAAUUAUUAUUUUGUUAGUGGUAAUGAUUAUGCCAAAAAGUGUGUGUAAAAUAUAUGGCAGCCUUGUGGACAAAAAAUGCUCGACUACUGCCUCCUGGUUUUGUCAAUAUGUCAGUGCUGUUAUACAGUGCUGGUUUUUAAUAAUGAAAACUGGAAAUUAAAUGUCUGAGUUGUUAAAUGUAUAAAAAAGAAUGGUAAAGAAACCACAAAGUUUUUGGUGGUUGAAUAUUUCAUUGCAUUACACACGACUCUUAGUGUAAUUGACAUGUAUAUGUUCAUCACAUCAAAAUGUUUUGUUUUAAUAAACAUGCUACCUUCAA